GGUUGCCUUGAAGCUGUAAAACGAGCUGGUUACAGCUGCUUUCUCGGGCACCUUCUGGCAGCACAACUCUGGGAAUCAAAACAGCCUGGAGAAUUCUGUUUCACUAAAAAUAGCAAGAGGAGGCACCCUGUGACUUGCCAGUUCUUUGCCUGGGACCAGCAGGUCUCCAGAUUGGGCCCCAAUCCUUCACCCCGUUGGGGAAGAGGACAAGGCUUCCGUCACAUUGCUCUUCUCGGUGGCCUACUGAUUUGGAAAACUGUGUGUUUCCCUGGAUUAUUUUCUGCACCCCAAGCCUAAGGUGAAGCCAGGAGGGGUAGAUUUCUAAGGACCAGGAUUGACGUUUUUUGCACUUAUGGACGGAGAGCGAGAAAGAAGCACGGAAUGGAUUCAUCUGAGAUUUUUCUGAAGAAUACUGUGGUCUUUGGGCACAAGAAUAGCCUCUAAAUUUUCAGCUUGCAUCUUUCUCUGAUUAAGGAUUUCCCUCCUCUUCAACCCUCCUCCCCCUUAUCUACGAAAGAAGAAAAAGAGCAACAACAAAGAAAAAAGGACUAAAGAACGAAAGGAAAAACCCAGCCAUCCAUCUCUCUUAUUCCCUGGUUUCUUGGAAAUCUGGUUAGCUUGGCCACGCGGGAUCCUGGGGGGAUUUUUACAACCAAACUGGGAUCUAUGAGCGGGAAGGUGAUCAAGCCAAAGGAAGAAAAAGAUGCUUCUAAAGUUAUGGAUGACGCCUCUCCUGGCAGACAGGAAUAUAUUAUGUUACGGCAAGAUUCCAUGCAAUCUACGGAACUAAAGAAAAGACAGUCCCCUUUCCGAACUAAAUGCCAUGAAAUCUUCUGUUGUCCUCUGAAGCAAGUCCACCUCAAAGAGAAUACAGAACCCGAAGAACCACAGCUGAAAGGCAUUGUAACCAAACUUUACAGCCGGCAAGGAUAUCAUUUGCAGUUGCAAGCAGAUGGAACCAUCGAUGGAACCAAGGAAGAAGAGACCACCUAUACUUUGUUUAACCUCAUACCGGUGGGUUUGCGAGUGGUGGCUAUCCAAGGGGUUCAGACAAAACUGUACUUAGCCAUGAACAGUGAAGGUUACUUGUAUACAUCGGAACAUUUCACGCCAGAAUGCAAGUUCAAAGAAUCCGUUUUUGAAAAUUAUUACGUCACUUACUCUUCCAUGAUCUACAGACAGCUGCAAUCAGGAAGAGGCUGGUAUCUGGGUCUUAACAAAGAGGGAGAAGUCAUGAAAGGAAACCAUGUUAAGAAAAACAAGCCUGCUGCGCAUUUCCUCCCCAAACCACUAAAAGUGGCCAUGUACAAAGAACCCUCCCUCCACGAUCUUACGGAGUUUUCACGGUCUGGCAGUGGAACCCCAACGAAAAGCAGAAGUGUCUCUGGAGCAUUAAAUGGUGGGAAAUCUAUGAGCCAAAAUGAAUCGACGUAGCCAGGAUUGAGACGCUAGAGGAGAGAUGACGCAUCGGUGAACCUUACCUCUAGAAUUGCUGUGGAACCCUUCUUUUGCACCUACCAUUCAACCGUUCCUGACAAGCCAACAAACUGGGAUAGGUCACUUGGCCUUUUUUCAGCUACUUUAGACUUUCUGGAUGUCCCCAAAUAACAAUAAAUGAUUUGUGUCAAAGGAAAGUUCCCCAAUGAUGUAGAAUGCGCUCGUGCAAACUCGCGGCAUAGCCAGACAAACAUUUAGCGGUGGCAUAACGUUGCAGAGGAGCGAUUCAUCCCGCUCGCCUUCUCAUUUACUUCUUACCCUUACCUAUGCUCUGUGAAAAAAACACAAAAUUUAAGAACACAUUUUUGCUUUCCAACCGAGAGAGAAAUCCAGUCAAAGAUCACUUUUUUUUCCUUAGUUCUUUGAGGGAAAUUUAAAUGUCUCGUGUUUUAUAUAUAACUUUGUUGGGGAGGGGGGAAGGGGGACAAAAAGAAUCUGUACACCCUCUGCUUUUUUUUCAGCUUACCAUUCAAUAUAUCAUAAGGCUUGGUAAGGAAAACGAAUCCAAAUAUAUCCUUUAAAUUUGGAGCAGCAUCACAUAUUUUUUUUUGGAUCUCUUAACUUGAAGGGGUCUUCAGAGCUGUGUCUUUACAAGCAAAGCAAAAUCAUGCUAAUAUAAUAGUGUAAUCUUGAGGAUAAAUAAAUAAAUCAGGUUUGGAGCUGGAUCUCAGUGGAUCUCAAGCUCCAGCAAAAAAGUGUUCUUGUGAUUUUAACACACUGAGAUAUAUACAGUUUUUUAUAGAUUUGUAGUCAUCCUUUCAAAGUCCUUGUGCUAACCCCAGUCUGUAGGAACCGAGCUGUUGUGUUCAUCCCCAGUCUGAAGAAAAUAAUUAUUUUUUUAAAACAGGGUGAAUCAAGUUAUUCCCACAAUGUAGAUUUCCUUCCCCCCGCCCCUCCUCUUCCCUCCACUCUUCUCUUAAUUACAUUUUGUGUAUCAUAUUUAAAAACAAAAGCAAAACCUGUUGACAUACCUUCUUUUUUCUAAAGACAGAAACUGUGGAACUAAAGUGACUUAACUACGUUUUUAUAAGGGAAACCAUGACAUCUUAUUUGUAAACAUCUUUACUUCCCUGAAAUUUGGGUGGUGAAUAAACAUCAAGGAAAGAAUCAACACAGAAUGGAGAUGCAAUCCAGCCUGUUCAGGUCCCUGGAGUUGAAGGAAGUGAGAUGGUGGGAAAUGUGUGGUGGUCUUUCCUUGAGAGAGGAGAAGCUGUUAAGAAAGGAAAGGGCUGGGGGAUUUCAUAGAUGUUGAUAUGGGGUAGAAGGUGCAAGCGUCACCACAUGGAACCUUUCCGAAUACUUUUUUCUACUUGCAAGAGGCUGGAACUGUGUCUUUCCUUCUCUGUUUUUUAAAGCAAACAGAAGUAAUGGAACCAGGGGAGGGAGAGAAAGUUAAGUUUCUGUUUAGUUCAUCAUAUCUCUUGCAUGAGAGGAAGUUGGAUACUGGCUUCAGAAGUUGCAUGACCUGUUUAAGAUUUUGUGCAUUGCUCUCUGUCAAAGAUAAUGUACAAAGCAGACACGGGCCAGGAUGAGCUGUUUCCUGUCGCUUCGUACAAAGGAGAUGUUUAUUAUUUAUU